AUGCCUCCAUCCAAGAAGACGGAGAUGGCAUUUAUGGGCAUGAUGGAGAAAUUCUUCGAAAGUCAUUCCCAGUGUGACUGCCCUGACUGUCGAGCUUCUACGAGGAGGUUACAGAAACUAGCCGCCAAAGCUGCCGACAAACGAGUCGACAAGGAGAACGUCUCGCCGUCGCCGUCCAUGAGCAACUCGAAACCGGAUGCUGACGGGCACUACUGUCCUGAUCAUAAACCACCACCACCCUUGAAAAAAUCAACCAAGGACAAGGACAAGGACAAAGAGAAGUCGCUCAACUCUUCCGCCGCUGCACAAUCAAAUCGAGCCGAUAAGGUUAAUAGUCUUCUCAAGGCCGACUCAAACGAUGCUGUAUUUUCAGUCUUCAAAUCGAUCCCCACUACAGCAGACGAGACCAAACUGGCAACUUCAAUACAGGUUGCAACUAAGGAGUGCAAAACGUUUGCUGAGAGCAAAGCCAAAAUCAUCUCGUACUGCCACGAUGACAGCGUGGAUUUGGAUGCAGUGUUCGGCUUGUUGGCCAAAGUUCGUCAAGAAAGAGGAAUUCUUACUUCUGCUAUUAUCAAGUCUAACUCUGAAAGGGAGAAAUACCUUGGGGCAAUACAUGAAGUUGAUGAGCUGAUGGUGAUGCUGAGAGAUGUUGCCAAAGAUGGAAAGAGUACAGGUUCGGAAGGCAUGCGUAAUGGGCUGGGCAAUAUGAUCUACAAGAUCCAUGAGUUAGCUACGAACCCUUCCUCGCUUUACGAUGAGCUCAUGGAGCUGCGAGAAGACUUCUACGACCUACAGGCUGACUAUGAGGAGCAAAGAGACAAAUUUCUGGACAUUGAGUCGUGCCACGAAAAGCUGCAUGAAGACAAGAAGAGAUUACAAGAAGAUCUUGCAUGGGAGAAACGAGAUCACCUCGAGACAAGGAAGAGAGUCAGCGCCAUAAGCGGAACUCAAAAUCAGAUCCAUCAGACCCGUGACAACCUCGAAAAGGUUCGAGACGAAAACACAGAAUUGAGAAAGGAACUCGAGAAACUCACUGGCGAACUCGCAAAGAUCAAUGCCUUGAAGCACGAAAACACACAGCUGAAGAAGAAGUUGGCUGUAGCAGAAGCCAUCAAGCCUGAGGCAGAAGUAGAGCAAAAGCUGCCAGAUACAACGACGUCAGGCAAGAAGAAACGUAGCAAGAAGCUCGGCAACGAUACAAAUCCUACAGACGACGCCACGACUGCAAACUCGAAUGUCGACAAUGCGCACAAGACAGACUCAGACCACAAAAAGGAAAUUAAAGCUCUGCAGCAAGCAAAGGCUGAAACACAAAGCCACCUCGACAACGCUCAGACGGGUCUCAGGCAGUUGGAAGCACUACUUAAAAAGGCAGAAGUAGCAAAGACAAAGGCUUUAGAGCGUCAACAGAUCGAACAAGCCACAGCACAGAACUGGAAGGAGAUGAGUGAUGGUCACUUGGAAGAGAGCAAUCGCUUGAAACAGCAACUGGACGACUCCAUGACUCAUGCUGCCACCUUGCAAGAAACCGUGCACCGGCUAGAGCAGAGUGUUUCCAAUGUCAAAGACCAGCUAACAGCACAGUCGCAAAAGAGGUCGUCAAGCCCGAGUGUGCAAUCGCAGACUUCAACUACUUCAAGAUCCGAUCACGAGAGCCUUCGAAUGUUGCGAAAACUACGAGGUGAAACGGCACAGCUCGUACAAGAUUUAGAUAGCGCAAAGAGCUACCCCGGAGAUCCCUGGAACGUGGUUGAAUGUACACGAAACAUGGUUGCUGCCAUUGAUCAUGACCUCGAAAGCAUACUAAUCACCUCACGAGACUCUGAUAUGCCCAGCGCGAUGUCGGACUUAUAUUUGCCAUAUCUGCGCAACGAUACAGGACUACCGUCUCCCAUAGGUCCAUCCCGAACCAGAGAUCCGACUCCACCGCUCUCGAUACCCAGAGGCCGAAAUCCGCCUUCGUCUUACCAUCGACCGUUGUUGCCGCCAGGUCUAGCCGAUCCCAAUUUAGGUCGAGCAUCACCAGCCCCAGUGCACCUUCCAUCGCCAAUUGGUACUGGCCGGCCAAUGAAAGGUCAGACACCAUCUCCCACACCAGCUUCAGCAAAGACAGUCGCAUUCACUACACCUAGCUCUGCUGUUCUGGGUAAUGGUGCUGCCGGAGUUGAUUGGAGCAUAUGGACAAAGAGAUGA